AUGGCGUCCGCCGAGUUGCACUCCGCCGCGUCGGCUUUGGAGCUCAAGGACAACACGGUCAUUGUCGUCCUCGGAGCCUCCGGAGACCUGGCAAAGAAGAAGACUUAUCCCGCCCUGUUCGGUCUCUUCCGCAACCAGUUCCUGCCUAAGGACAUUAAGAUUGUCGGCUAUGCCAGAACCAAGAUGGACCACGAGGAGUACCUGCGAAGGAUCAAGUCAUACAUCAAGACUCCUACUAAGGACAUGGAGAAGCUGCUCGAAGAUUUCUGCAAGCUCUGCACCUAUGUUUCUGGCCAGUACGACAAGGACGACUCAUUCCUGGGACUCAACAAGCACCUGGAAGACAUUGAGAAGGGACGCAAGGAGGCACACCGUCUGUUCUACAUGGCCCUGCCACCCAGCGUGUUCACCAUCGUGUCCCAACAUCUGAAAAGGUGCUGCUACCCGACCAAGGGUAUUGCUCGUGUGAUUGUUGAGAAGCCGUUCGGAAAGGACCUUGCGAGCUCUCGAGAGCUGCAGAAGUCUCUGGAGCCUGACUGGAAGGAGGAUGAGCUUUUCCGCAUCGACCACUACCUUGGUAAGGAGAUGGUCAAAAACAUCCUGAUCCUGCGAUUUGGCAACUCAUUCCUCGGAGCCACCUGGAACCGCCACCACAUCGACAACGUCCAGAUCACUUUCAAGGAGCCCUUUGGCACCGAAGGCCGGGGCGGAUACUUUGACGAGUUUGGCAUUGUCCGAGAUGUGAUGCAGAACCAUCUUCUGCAGGUCCUGACCCUCCUGGCCAUGGAGCGUCCCAUCUCCUUCUCCUCGGAGGAUAUCCGAGACGAGAAGGUGCGAGUCCUCCGUGCCAUUCCCGCCAUCGAGCCCAAGAAUGUCAUCAUUGGACAAUACGGCAAGUCCCUUGACGGCAGCAAGCCCUCGUACAAGGAGGAUGACACCGUUCCGAAGGAUUCUCGGUGCCCAACCUUCUGCGCACUGGUCGCCUACAUCAAGAACGAGCGGUGGGAUGGUGUGCCCUUCAUCAUGAAGGCCGGAAAGGCCCUGAAUGAGCAGAAGACAGAGAUCCGGGUGCAGUUCAAGGACGUUACCUCUGGAAUCUUUAAGGACAUUCCCAGGAACGAGCUGGUCAUGCGCAUUCAGCCCAACGAGAGUGUCUACAUCAAGAUGAACUCCAAGCUGCCUGGCCUCAGCAUGCAGACUGUUGUCACAGAGCUGGACCUCACCUACCGCAGACGGUUCUCCGACCUCAAGAUCCCUGAGGCAUACGAGUCACUGAUUCUCGACUGCCUGAAGGGCGACCACUCCAACUUCGUCCGUGACGAUGAGCUGGAUGCCAGCUGGAGGAUUUUCACGCCUCUGCUGCACUACCUUGACGACAAUAAGGAGAUCAUCCCUAUGGAGUACCCCUAUGGCUCUCGCGGACCGGGUGUUCUGGAUGACUUCACGGCCUCUUACGGCUACAGGUUCAGCGAUGCUGCUGGUUACCAAUGGCCGACGACCUCGGCUGUGCAGCCUACUAACAAGUUCUAG